AAUAAUAAUUGGGGAAAUUAGGGUUUAGCAUCAAAACCCCGAAGCUGUGCAAACAGAUCAGCGCGCGACGCAUUUGUUGUUGAAAACAUACGGUCGACGUGUCCUGGAAUUUAUAAUUGGGUCUCUCUCCGCGUUGUAACCCUACUUUGUCGAGUCUCUCUCUUUCUAUGGCCUCCCAAGGCGCAGGAGGCGGUGGCGGUAGCCUCAAGUCCACCUCCAUUAAUGGAGUUAAGAUGUACUCCGUUACUUCUCAGAAUCGUUCGCUUGCCACGUGGCUUAACCCUAAGAAGCUCAAAUCUCUUCGUAAAGAUAAAGAUUAUUUGCAAAGAGUGGAUUUGAUUCAGGACUUGCGGUUCGAGACCGCAACCACAAGAAUUAAGGCAACUCCUGAUGGAGAAUAUCUUAUUGCAUCAGGUAUUUAUCCACCGCAGGUCAAAGUUUACGAGUUGAGGGAACUUUCGUUGAAGUUUGAAAGGCAUUUGGUGUCUGAGAUUAUUAACUUUGAGGUGCUGGACGAUGAUUAUUCUAAGAUUGCAUUCCUCUGUGCCGAUCGUUCCGUUCAGCUUCAUGCAAAAUACGGAAGUCACUACAGUUUGAGGAUUCCACGGAUGGGAAGGGAUAUUGCUUAUGAUUGCUGGUCUUGUGAUUUGAUUUGUGCUGCCUCUUCUCCAGAUGUAUACAGAAUUAACUUAGAACAGGGACGCUUUCUCUCCUCACUUAAUACACAGUCCCCUGCAGUAAAUGCUGUUUGCCGAAGCAAAGUUCAUGGGUUAGUUGCUUGUGGGGGUGAGGAUGGAGCUGUUGAAUGCUUUGACAUGAGAACAAGAUCAUCAGUUGGUAGGAUUAAUACAAUUGUAUCUACUGGUGAGAUUGAGCAGGUUACUGCACUACAGUUUGAUGGAGAGGGAGGCUAUCAUAUGGCUGUUGGAACUAGUUGUGGAAAGGUACUACUCUAUGACAUGCGAUCUUCUUGUCCUUUGAGAGUAAAGGAUCACAUGUAUGGCAGCCCUAUAUUGAAUAUUAAGUGGCAUCAAACUAUAAAUUCCGAGAGAUCCAAGCUUAUUACUACUGACAAGCAUAUCGUCAGGAUAUGGGACCCUGAAACAGGAGAUGGCAUGACCAGCAUUGAGCCAACAGCUGGAAACAUUAACGACAUAUGUGUGUUUGAUAACAGCGGGCUGAUGUUGUUGGCUCUAGAAAACACUCAAAUUCCUUCUUAUUUUAUACCCGCUCUUGGACCUGCUCCUAAGUGGUGUUCGUAUCUUGAGAACUUAACGGAAGAGUUGGAGGAGGGUGGUCAAACAACCAUAUAUGAUGAUUUUAAAUUCUUGACAAAGGAAGAUCUUGAAAAGUUGAAUCUGUCUAAUUUGAUUGGCACCAACCUAUUAAGAGCCUACAUGCAUGGUUUCUUUAUCGAUUAUCGUCUUUAUAAGAAGGCCCAAGCAUUGGUGGAUCCUUUUGCUUAUGAUAAUUAUAUAGAGCGGCGUAAACAGGAGAAAUUGGAAGAGGAGCGGCGUUCUCGUAUUACUAUUAAGAGAACGCUACCCAAAGUUAAUCGGGGUAUUUAUAAACGUCUUCUCGAAGAUGAGGAAGCUGAAAUUAACAGAAAGGAUGCUGAUGAUGCUGAUAUUAAGAAAAAAUCUAAGAAAAAGAAGGGACUCCCUGCUGAAGUUAUGAAAGACGACCGCUUUGGCGGCAUUUUUAAGAAUCCGGACUUUGAGGUUGAUGAGAACUCGCUAGAGUAUCUUGCUUUGCACCCUCUAGCACCCACUGCACAACCUUCGUUGGUAGAGGAACAUUUUGAGCCUGUUAUAGAAGAUGAGGACCACAGCUUUAGUGAUUCUGAUGCAUCUGCAGCAUCAUUGGCAUCACAUGAUGAAGAUAAGAAUAAUAGAAGUAAAGAUGGAAAAAAAUCUCGUGUACCAAGAUUGUAUGAAGUAAAGGAUGAGCGACAUGCGGAGGCAUUCUGGAACCGUAAAUCACUUGCCACGGAGGACGCCCUUUCGUUAGGGGAAAGGGCGGCCGCUCUAUCAAAUGUGCGUCGAGGUUCGGGUAAUAUCAAGUCAGGACCAGGAGGAUCACGAGAAAUUUCUUUUAUUCCCAGAAGUUCAGCUAAGUACAUAGAUGAUGAUGAAGACAAUGAGGCACGGCGUGGUCGGAGGGGAGUGCAAUCACUGAAAAUGCAGCCUGAUGGAUAUAGUUCCCGAGGCCGUGGCAGAGGCGGCGGACGUGGUGGACGAGGAGGCCGUGGAGGUCGUGGUAGAGGUGAAAGCCGUGGCCGAGGGAGAGGGGGAAGAGGAAGAGGCAGGUGGUAAAACAUGAUGCACUGAGAAGCAAAACUUGUAGCCAUUUAAUUGAAAUGUAUGAUUAGUUUUAAAUUAUUAUUUUAUAUUUAUUCAGGCCCUAGUUUUUGGAGAGAGCAAAUUUUGUAAGGAAAAACAUCAUAUUUAGUUGUUUUCUAUAUAAUUGAUAAAAUUCAAUGAAAUUAUACAAAUUGUAGACUUAUUUCUCAGGCA